AUGUCAGAAAGUAAAGCAGACUUUUUUUUUCACUUGCGUACUUUAGGUCAAACUCAUUCCACUCUAUCAUGGGAAAAUGUCGAAAACGGUACUGUUCCUGCAAAUGCUGUGUCUGGAGGAUAUGAAACAGAUGGCCGAGUAGUUUAUGUUGCCCGUCAUGAUCAUGUUGGUAACCUCAUACCAGGAAAAGUGGUUGAGCCGUAUUGUUUUAUUCCAUAUGACACCCAAGAACAUCAGUAUAAAAUGUCGUAUCAGGUAUUAACAAAUACUCAUCAGUGUAUUCUUGAAUGGGUUCAAGCAUCGAAUGGUCAAGUACCACCCCAUGCAGUAUUAGGUGGACAUCUGGCGAAUAGUGAACCAUUGUAUAUUGGUCGCGUCAAUCAUCAAGGUUCACUGGUACCAGGUAACAUUCAAGCAAGUCGCCAUUGUUUGUGUAUUCCCUAUGAUUAUCAAGCAUGGGAAUAUAAAAACUAUGAAGUAUUGUGUGUCAAAACAGGUACAGGUAAAUAA